AGCUGAAGGAGACCCAUUUGGGUACUUUGUCCAGCUUCUCGAGAUCCACCUCAAGCUCUACCGUUGCGGACAAGGACCACAAAGUGGUGCCCUCUAGCUUGGGCGGUACCGCUCUGACAAACGCGAAAACUCUCAACCCAGCUCCUGUAGUCAAGACUCUGAAACCAGGCAUUCUCAUCGUCACCCUCUAUGAAGCCUGCGGUCUCUCGCUGCCUGAGGAGUAUCAAGAUGUCUUCGCAUCGCAAUAUCCCGCAAACUCCCGCUCGACCGGCAACGCAAUUGGCAUGGCCAACUCCGCCCGUCUGACAUCGUCAUCUCGGACUUCGGCUCCAUUUGCCGACGGCUUGGAUCGGCCUCAGACAUCUUCCGGAGGAGGUUUCAGGGGGAUCUCCACCGUCCAUGGCCGGGUGUCUGGCAAAUAUAUGCCGUAUGCCUUGGUGGAUUUCGACAAGGUGCAAGUCUUCAUCAACUCUGUUGAUGGAAAUCCUGAUAAUCCCCUCUGGGCUGGCUCCAACACCCAGUACAAAUUCGACGUGUCGCGAGUCGCAGAACUCACAAUCCAUCUCUUCAUCCGAAACCCAAACGCGACCCCUGGUUCAGGGCGGACACAAGACAUAUUUUUGGGGGUUGCUCGCCUUAAUCCACGAUUCGAGGCUAAGCGGUCAUUCGAAGAUGUGACGUCGAGCAAGGAAGGUCAUGGACAAACCCCAGGGUACAGUGGUGCUGGGUGGGUUGACAUACAACACGGAACAGGCAGAUUUCAAAUCGGCGUCGAGUAUGCAGAGAACCAAACAGGGAAGCUCAGCAUCGACGACUUCGAAUUGAUGAAAGUCGUUGGAAAGGGGAGUUUUGGCAAAGUGAUGCAAGUACGGAAAAAGGAUACAAAUCGCAUCUACGCCUUGAAAACGAUCCGGAAAGCGAAAAUCAUUUCCCGCUCUGAGGUUGCCCAUACCCUCGCUGAACGGUCCGUUCUCGCUCAAAUCAACAAUCCGUUCAUCGUCCCCUUGAAGUUUUCUUUCCAAUCUCCAGAAAAACUCUACUUCGUUCUGGCGUUUGUGAAUGGGGGAGAGUUAUUCCACCAUCUUACAAAAGAACAACGAUUCGACGUCAACCGCUCUAGGUUCUAUAUCGCCGAACUUCUCUGUGCCCUCGAGUGUCUACACGGCUUUAAUGUGAUCUAUCGAGAUCUGAAGCCUGAAAAUAUUCUUCUCGACUAUCAGGGCCAUAUCGCACUCUGCGACUUUGGCCUUUGCAAGCUUGAGAUGAAAGAUGAAGAUCUCACAAAUACCUUCUGUGGGACUCCUGAAUAUCUUGCGCCUGAGUUGUUGCUUGGAGAGCAUUACAACAAGACAGUUGACUGGUGGACACUUGGUGUGUUGUUGUACGAAAUGCUAACAGGGUUACCACCUUUCUACGACGAGGUUACCAACGAGAUGUAUCGCAAGAUCUUGUCUGAACCUCUACACUUUCCCGGCUACGACGUGGUGCCUCCUGCAGCUAAGGAUCUUUUGACGAAGCUGCUCAAUCGAAAUCCAGCGGAACGGCUUGGAGCUAAUGGAUCGGCGGAAAUCAAGUCCCAUCCGUUCUUCCAUGCCAUCGAUUGGAGAAAGCUGCUGCAACGAAAAUACGAGCCGGCUUUCAAGCCCAAUGUGGCUAGUGCCCUUGAUACUGAUAAUUUCGACCCUAAAUUCACAUCAGAAGCCCCUCAGGACUCCCCUGACGAUGACGCCCUGCUUUCCCAGACGAUGCAAAACCAGUUUGUGGGCUUUAGCUACAAUCAGCCCGUCUCUGGGCUGAACGACACCGGAGGGAGUAUCACGGGCCCCUCAUUCAUGGAUGGCUUGAAGCAGCUAAGAUAAGGGCCGCCCAGGCUUGCCUCUUUCCUUCAUGGUCAAGAAGCUGGUGACUUGCUUGCUCUAGUUGCAACCUCUCUGCUUUUUGGCCUUGUCCCAUAGCUCCCUCUUUUUGUCUAGUCUUCGCAACUUGAAUUUAACUGGCAUUUUCAAUAUCAUUGCAGUCGGACAGCGAUAGUACAAGAGUCCCAAAAUGAGUCACGAACCCGAUGUGCAACUUACACCACCCGUCUGGAGAGCUCUGGUGGUCUGAGCGUUCUCUGCAGGUUAGAUUUGGUGGGAAAAAACAAUGAUAACUAACAAAAGCAAUGAACAAAUACGAAAUCGAUGAUUGAUUAUUCAUCCCCUUUCUUGAAUACUGCGGAUGAACAGGGGGUUUCCAAGACAUGCUCAUAUGACAGGGAAGGGAGUCAUCCGCAAGGGCAGCCGCCAAAUUGGAGGGGUGGAUGGGUGUGGGUGACUGCG